UGCGGAUUCGCCAUCGGGGGCCUAUCGCCGAUCUAUCGGCGAUGUAUCGCCGAUGGCAGGUCCCCCACCCUUCGCCAGUCCGCCCUCUCAUUCUCCCUCAGAGGUGAAGUUCCUCGGCACGACCUGCUACGCCUCGAUGGCAGCGCAGUCGUGUCAGGACACGGGGCGCGUAGACGACCUGUGGUCGCUGGCAUUUGCGCUGAUGGAGCUGUGCGCUGGCCUGUUGCCCUGGGACUCCCUCUACGGCCCAGCUGUCACCGCCGAGGAGCGCCAGGCGGCGAAGCUGAGGGUGUUGGAGGAGAAGAAGCGGCUGAUCGCGGCCGCGACGAACGGCGAUCCCGGGAGGGUGGCGGCGUUGCGCCCCGCCGUGGGCUACCUUGCCAGGCUCCCAAAGCAGCUCGUGGAGCUCGUGCGCGAGAUCGCGCCCUUGAAGUACAGCUCGUGCCCCGACUAUACGCGGCUGCGGGCGCUGCUGCUGGAGGCCUCCCGCGCCCGCGGCGCGCGCACGGCCCACCUCGCGGGCGAGCUGCGGGCCGCGGUGCACACGGCGGCCAAGCGCGGGCACGCGGCCGCCGCCGAGGCCUCCCAGUCCAAGCGCGCAAGGAACGCGGAGGCGGAGCCGCAGUUGGAGGCGGAGGCGGCGGCCGCCGCGGCCACGGAGGCGCCCGCCAGCGCGAGCUACUCGCCCCUCGCCGCGUCGCCUGUGGCCGCGGGCUCUCCGCCCAGCGGCCGGGGGGCACACAGGGGCGCCGAGGGGGCAGCCGCCGUGGAGGGCUCCCCCGCGGGCGCGGCGGCGGCCCAGGCGCCCCCGCGGCGCAGCCUCGCGGCGGCGUGCGCAGACCGGCCAGCCGCGGCGGCGAGCGGCGGCGACGCCACAGGAGUGCCCGCCAGCGCGAGCUGCUCGCCGCUCGCCGCCUCGCCGGUGACCGCGGGCUCUUCGCCGGGCGCCUCGGAGGCGCGCGGUGGCUGCCCCGCCGCGCGCGGCGGCGCCGCGCCGGGCGCGGCUGGCGCGGCCGCGGAGGGCCACUUCGCAGGCGCUGCGGCGGUCGACGCACACCGUCUCGCGGCGGCGGGCGGCGGGGCGGCAGGCCUUGCGGAGUUUCGCCGCGAUGCGGCGGACGCGUUCCGCCAGCCCGCGGACGAGGCGGCGGCGGGCUGCGGCACGGCAAGCCCUGCGGAGGCCGCCGGGCCCCUCGCCGGCCCGCGCCCCGCCGCGCGCGAGCUGCUCGCCGCCCGCGGGCGCCUCGCCGCGGCCCCCGGCGCGGCCCUCGGCGCCCCCGCGGCGAGCAGGGCGCCGUGCAGCGCGCGCGGCCCGCCCGCGGGGGCCCCGCCCGAGGCUGCGGGGGGCCCCGAGGUCGCCAGCUGGGUCGGCGUGGCCCCAGAGCUCCGCGCCCUCGUCGUGUUCGAAGCGGCGCUGCUGCUGACGUGCCGGGGGCGACCCGAGCUGGUGAGGAGACUCCUGAGCCCCGCGCGCAUGGCCGCCUUCCUCGCCAACCUGCUGACCACCGGGGCGGCCGGCUCCGUGGCGCUCGCGUGCGUGUGGAUGGCCCGGGAGCUCCUGGACGCCGACCCGGAGCCCUACCGCCUGCUCCUCGAGCGCCACGGCGUGGCCCAGGCGGUCCGGAGGCUCGCCUCCGCGGAGGCGCGGGGGGGCCGCGACGCCGCGGCGGCGGACGAGGCGUUGGUUGCAACGGCGGCGAAGCAUUGCACUUUUGUGGAGCACGCGUGCGGCAUGGCCCUCUCUGUUGACAAGUUCGCCUCGUUGCGGCUCAGCGGUAGCUUGACCGACUCGCGCGUUCGCCGAGUCCGCGACCGAAUCAAGCGGGGGGGUGGCGUGCUCAUCAGUGCAGGAGACUGCUCCGUGCCACCGUGGAAGCAGCUGCCGCGGACUACGCCGCCGAUGGGGGCAUUCGGAGUCUCCUGCUCCUGCUACCUCCCCCCUCCGCCGCUGCAUUCGGCUGUUCUUGCACGUCUUAAGGGCGCCUCACAGCACGAACGCCCGCGGGUUGAGGUGUACGCGUUGCCGCUGGUUUGGAGCCCAGUCUACCCCGGAUGCGCGGAGGUGUACAAGGGCAGGCCGCCCCCGACGUGCGCCUUCGUGCUGUGCCUGGCCUGCUGGGCCGCCGCCGCCUACCGCCUCGCGCUGGACCCCAGCGGUGGAGAUCCUGUGGCAGCCGGCGCCUGUCUGACGGCCGACGCGCUCUUCUCGCCGCACCCGGCAAAGCUGCGGAGGUACCUGCUGCACGCCCUGUGGCCGCUGGAGGCGGGUUACGUCCGCGGCUUCCUGACCUCGACCGCCCUGCUUGUCCAGGGCUUCGCGCUGGAGAACCAGGAGGGCACCGCGGCGUUCGCUCUCCAGCUGGCCGGCUUCCACGUCGUCGCGUCCGCGGUGCUGCUGGGACUCGGCGCGUCGGCCUGCCAGCUGUCCCUGGAGUCGGCCCUGGCCGGCCUCGCCAUGGUCAUCCACAGCCGGAACCCACAGGUGCACACGGACGGGCUGGAGAAGUCCCUGCGGGUGCCGUUCGUGAUCGAGCCUCGCUGGCACACGUGGCUCAUCGAGGCGCUCCUGCUUCUGACGGCGGGGAGCUUCCCGCGGGCGCUGGCGGCCCACGCGGUGGGUCUGGCCGUGGGCGGGCUGUACGUGCUGCGGGAGCCCGACCCGGGGCCGUGGCAGCAGGCAUGGCAGGCCGUCCGCCAGAGGUCCUUCGGCUGCGGCGCGCUCGUGCACCUGGGGAUGCUGCUGUUCGCGCUCCUCGCCGCGCCGUUCACGGCCGAUGGCGAGGGCCUCGGCGGCACCCCGCCGCUGCUGCACCAGGCCGUGGCGGGCCAGGUGCCGCCCGAGGUGCUGCUCACCUGCAAGAUCAUGCUCGCCUUCGCGUGGCCGCUUGCCCUGUCGCCCCUGAGGCUCUGGGUGCGGUUCUACGCCGUGGGCUGCGCCCUGGUCGCCAUGAGCGGCAUGAACUCGCCGGCCUGGCGGGGCGGGAACCCGCACCUGGGCCUGUUGCUCCUCCUCUACCUCGUGUGCGGGUUCUGGCGUCUGUACGGCCUGCCCGACUGCGAGUCCGACAAGGACCGCGCCGCCUGA